UAGGAGAGAUCCUGAAAGGGAGGCCCAACCCCAAGGGGCCAAAUCCAAUCACGAAGGAGGUAAGGAGACACGCGGCAAAUUCCCAGAUUUACAUGGCUGAUGGAUGGGCACCUCUCUUCUCUUUCCCAUUUCCCCCUUCCUUCUUCCCUUUGGCCUUUGGCCUUCGGCCUUCUUCUUCAUCAUUCCCUUCCCUGCUCCUAUUCCUUCCCUUCCACUCUCUUCUUCUAUUUCCUCAUCAUUCCUUUUCUUUCCCUUGUAUUCCUUACAACUCCUCACUUUUAACACACCCACUUAUUUAACUCUCUUCUAACUUCUAACUUCCAUCUUAAUGGCCGAUAUUCAACCCCCCGACCCCCAGAUCAACGGCGCCCCUCCCCCUCUUGUCGUCUCCUCCGAAACCGUUGGAUCCAAACGCCAGCGAAGGCCCAGCGUCCGAUUGGGGGAUAUCGGCGGCGACCAACCCUACGAUUCCUACCCCCGCCGCACCAAUAAACCCUGGAAGUUUGCCUUGGAUAAUCGCAAGGACUCCUCUGCUGCCUCUGCCAAGAACUCCAAAACUCGCCCCUUGACCAACUUCAGCUCGGCCGGGGGUGUUGAGGGCGAAGACAAAGAGAACAAUUUGGAUAGCGUUGCAAUUGGUAGCUGGAGAUUAAAGGAUUCCAAGCGGAGAGGCUCCGCCGCCACCAAGAGGGCCAGAACUAAUUGGGUAUCCUCCAAGCACGACGAAGGCGGCGGAGGUGGGGAAGCAGAUGAAAAGUAUAGCGCCGGGGAAGACGUGGAUGAGGGGUAUCGGGAUUACGACAUUGAGAACUCGGAAAGUCCCCUGAAAGAACAAAGCUCAAUGCAUUCGCUAGAGAAUUUGGGGAUGGAAGGUCAGGGGAAUGAUAGGGAGAUGCUUUAUCAGGGCCAGGGGAAUAGAAGAUCUAUAAGGUCUAGGGUUUCGGAGGGGAGAGAGCACCAAGAAUUUUCAGGGCCUUCGGACACUGAUGGUAGGAAUUGGAAGUGCGGGACUAGCGGUGAUAGGAAUGGGAAUGGUGGGAGAGGGCUGUGUGGGGAAGAUGAUGGGGUUAGAGUUUGGCUCAACGGUUUAGGGUUAGGUCGGUAUGCUCCAAUUUUUGAAAUUCAUGAGGUGGACGAUGAGGUUUUGCCAAUGUUGACACUCGAGGAUCUCAAGGAUAUGGGAAUAAGUGCAGUUGGGUCCCGGAGAAAAAUGUACUGCGCAAUCCAGAAGUUAGGGAAGGGAUUUUCAUGACUUUUGGUCUCAAUAAUGUAUCCAGAAUUUCAGCCAUGCCAAUGUAAGCUGCUGCAUGCCUGAACUAAUCUUUCAGCCUGUUUUUUGCUGCUACAUUUUCUCGUAUUUGACAUUAUAGGUUCUUUUGGUUAGACUUUCAUAUUUCUGAGUUUUGUAACUUACAUCUUCAUCUUCUUCUAUAGUGCAAUUUUCCUCCCACAAUCUUUUUCCAUUUCAUUGUACAAUCUAUAUGGUGAAAUAAGAGUAGUACUUAUUGUGCUUGCUACAA